CUGACCGACAUGAUACAGAGUUUUAAAAAUCAUAUAAACUAAUGAUGGAAUCAAGUGAAAUAUAUAUUUAAUAAAAAUAAAAUAAUAUUUUAAUAAAGUUUUAAAAAAUAAUUACAUUGUUAUUAAAAUAAUACAAAAGCAAGUGUUUUUAAAAAAGAUAACAAAAAAAAAAAACGAGCAAAUUAAUAUUGCAAGAUUCAUUUGGAUUUAAAUGUUAUUAAUUUUUUGAAUUAAUUUUAUUUACCAAGUUAUAUUCGUGAGUGAUUUUUAAAAUAAAGUUUUAAAUGGCUGGACCUUAUUUAUCACCAUUGGGACCACAGGCCGAUCUUCUUACCGAGUACAUGUUCGGUCGACGUCGUCAGGUCAGUAGACGAAAUCGUACGACAUUUACACCCCAACAACUUCAAGAACUUGAAUCAUUAUUUCAAAAAACUCAUUAUCCCGAUGUAUUUCUUCGUGAAGAAGUUGCAUUGAGAAUUUCUCUAUCAGAAGCUCGUGUUCAGGUAUGGUUUCAAAAUCGUCGUGCAAAGUGGCGUAAACAAGCACGUUUACAAUUACUUCAAGAUGCAUGGAGAAUGCGUUGUCUUGGUCUUGGUAAUACAGCACCACUUUUAUUAAGACCACCACCAGGUAGUGGUACCGAAAGAUCAGAUUCAUCGCCACCACCAGUACCACAACAGCAACCACCACCACCACCAUCAUCAACAACUGGUCUUUCACCAGCACAAUUAUCAACAGAAUCACCAGAUAAUGUAUCAGAUAAUUCUGCUCAAAAUGCUUGCAGAGAUUACAGAAUUUUUUCACCUCAUGGAUAUCCAAUGAUUUGUGAAAAAUCACCAGAACGUGUUAAAUGUGGAUGUGGAUCACCCUCAAGAAGUUCAAGUCCGUCAAGUGUUGAUGUUGAACUUGGAGCUCAUGAUAGACCUCAAGAAUCUGAAAUGGAUUUAACAAUAAAAACACCACAACCAACUCGUCAUCCGCAAAUACCACAUAUGUAUCAUCAUAUUCCAAAUGAUUCACGUCAUGAUUUAAGUCCAAAAAAUAUGGAUGAACCUCUAGAUGUUACUCUCAAUGGAAACAGAAAUAACUAAUC